AUGAUCAGGCGGAGCGGCGAUAAUGCGUUCGCGAUCGCGAGCGCCGGCCAGUGUCAGGCCGCGCGGGGCCCCGUCCCGCUCUCGCCCGCCACUAGGAUCCCCCGGGCCACCGCCAAGAUGACGCCGCCCGACGCGCAGCCACACGCCAAGGAGGCGAACAUCGCGAUCUCCACUUACGUCGAGAAGUGGAAGAACCGAUACGAGGACGCCGAGCGGAAGCACAAGACGUACCUCCUCAAGUCCGAAAAAGCGAAACGCGAGCACGAUGACCUGCAAAGGAGGUACAACAUCCUGGCGGAGGAGAAGCGGCACCUGGAGGCGGAGCUGGCCGAGAGGGAGAGGGAGCUGGCCAAGCUGCGCAGCGUCUCCGAGAAGCUGUUCCAGGAGUACCAGCAGCUCAAGCACCAGCACGAGAUCGACGCAGGGGUGAUGCAGAAGGUUAUGCAGCAGGCCGGCGAGUGGUACAAGCAGAAUAAGCAGCUGAAGAGGAGGAGCGCCGCGUUGCUCCACGCCCUGCCACCGACCCAGGUGGACAUCGACCUCACGGACACCACAGACGCCGCCUCCGACAGCAGCAGCAACGAGGAGGUGGAGUUCCUGAAGCGCACCGUCUCCGAGCUGAGCGAGCAGGUGGCCGCCCUGCAGACUGAGCUCAGCGCAGCCCGCCUCCACGAGUUCGAGGCCCACGAGCACAACGUCUCCCUCGCCCAGGAGCUGGAAGUGGAGAAGGAGAAAUGCAGCGGGCAGGAGAGGGAGUUGCAGGAGCUUCGCGGGCAGCUGGAGAGGCACAACCGGGUGUCGAAGCUGCUCAUGGAGGAGGUCACAGCGCUAAAGGAGAACGCCGACAAGGACAGGGAGAUGGCCGAGACGUACCGCAGCGAGGCGCGCGACGCGAAGAAGCGCGUGAAGGCGCUGACGCACCAGAGCGCGCUGCUGCUGGGCGAGCUGGAGAUGGACGAGCGGCUGGCGCGGCUGCUGGCCGAGGUGGACGCGCUGCGGGCGGCGCUCGGCGCGCAGCACGACGCGCACCGCGACCAGCUCGACCGCCUGCAGUUGCAACUGGCUGAGAAACACGAGGAGACGGACAUUAUGCUUUGGGAGGAGAAGAUAAAACUGGCCGAAGAGGACGCGCAGAAGGCUCUAGAACGAGCGGAGAAGGCGGAGAGGAAGCUGUCAGAGAUGGAGAGGAGUAGACCACAAGCGAAGAAAUCGGCGCUCAUGUCCAGGAUAAGCUACUUCGAGAGCGGCGGCAAUGAGAAGACCAGCACAAAGGAGAGAUUAGAAGACAAGACAGAAGUGAUAGAAGAGAAGGAAAUUAAAGAAGUUUGUGUAGCCGCCAGCGAGGAGGCGCCCCCCGCAGCCCCCUCGCCUCCCCAUCCCCCCGACACAACCACCCCCGCCCCGCCCCCUCCGCCGCCUCCGCCGGCGUGCGCCCCUCCCCCUCCCCCUAUGCCGCCGCCGCCUCCCCCUCCCCCACCCCCACCGCCCGCGUUCACCGGCGCAGCGGAGGUGGAGGACAUGGCGAAGAUGCUGGCCUCGAAACAGGGCACCCUCAAGAGGACCAAACAGAAUGGAGGUGGCGCCAUAGACGCGAUAGUGGACCAAAUCAAGUGCGGCAAGUUCCAGCUGAAGUCGACCGACCAGAACUUCAUGGAGAAGAAGCCGAAGGAUGACCAGCCCGAGGCGGUGAAGGAGAUGCUGGCGAUCCUCGGCACCCUCAGGAAGAGGAGGGGCGGGAAACGGCAGAACUUCGAGGAGGAGCAGGAGCCC